UAGAGUCGCGCACGCGAGCAGCUUGAUGCGCGCUCGCGCAGCUGGGACCGUGUUGUCGUUAGUUUUCUCUGUCAGGUGGAAAUUUCCAUUCAGACUAAAAAUUUCUGGACUUUUCUGUCAGGAUUGUCAGUAAAAAAGGUGGAAUUCUGUCUGAAUGUCUGUGGAGAACCUUUUAGCGAGUCUUGGGAUGACUCUGAAGUCGAUGAGAAAGCGUUUUGUUAAAGCCUUGAUUUUCUGAGUUUUUGAAGAUCAACACGUUCAUUAGAAAUGGGACCGGAAGACGUCCAUCAGACGGAGCAAGCGCAAAACUCCAAGGGCUUUAGGGUUGUUCUCUGUCUCUGUCCCCCAGAACGCACAGAAAUGCGAACAGCAGAAACGAGAGCCUCCAUAAGAGUUAUCGGGAUGAACAGAGUGACUGUUGACACUGGCAGGGGUCACAGGCCGCACGUCCUGGAUUUCGAUGCUGUUUGGAGUGAAGGGGCUUCGCCGAAAGAUAUCUAUGAUUCAACGACAAAGUCCUUGGUGGAGUAUGUGAUGAAGGGUUAUAAUGGCUGUGUUAUAUUGUAUGGACAGUCCACCAGUGGAGAGACACACCCAGUUCAAGCCUGCACUGCCAGACAGAGGGGCAUCAUCAGCCGUACUGCUGAGGACAUCUUUAAUUCUCCAGAAGCUUCUCAUUGCAGAGUCAGAGUGUCCUGUUAUCACAUCUCUAAUGAAAAGAUUUACGACCUCUUGGAGCCUCAGGUGAGUGAGGUGUGUCGUAUCCAUGACACAGAGGAAGUGGUGCUCCUGGAGGGGCUGAGAGAGCUGGAGGUCGGUUCCACUCAGGAACUGAUGGACAUGUACCACAGUGGAAUCACUCACAGGAACACAGGUGUCUCUAAAGGAGAUUUUGCCAGCAAAUCUCACAUGGUGUUCAACAUCAUGGUCAUAAAAACGAGAGGCAAGUCCGAUAAAGAAGGAGUUCUGAUAGCCAGCAAACUUACUCUGGUGGAACUUGCAAGUUCAGGCAAAUCUGCAUACAACAGUUCUUCAGUUCUGGAUAUGAGAAGAAGUUUCCACGUGGCUCAAGAAAACCUUCAGGAGGCCAAAAUAAUUAAAAGAUCUCUUACCAUCUUUAGAAAUGUGAUAUAUUCUCUGAGCAAUACAGGCAUUCAACACAUUCCCUACAGAGAGUCCAAACUCACCCGUGUUCUGAGAGAUUGUCUCGGAGGAAACUGUCGGACAUGUCUCAUGGUCACAGUGCCAACCCAGUCGUCCUCCGUAACAGAGACUAUGAGCUGCCUUCAGUUUGCCGCACAGGCUUUGAACGUACCUUCACGGCCCAUACACAGCUCCCAGAUCCGCUACACACCUGCACAGGUGCCAAACAUGUGGGCAACAGAAAAGAACAGUCAUCUUCUUAAUAGAACACAGAUCCUCCCACCGGUCAGUGCUGAUCGAAGAUCUCAAGCCUCCUUGCCGUCAAUUGUGACUAGUCCAGGACCUCUCACUCAACUCAAGCCCAAACGCAGCCUGGAGGUUUCAGAGAACCGCUCCUUCUUACCACACCUAGAGAAACACAGACCACCAGAACCAAGCGGAUAUCACAGCGGCGUAUCUCGGAAUACAGAGGAAAAGUGUGGAGCAGCGGAUGUGUGUGUCAUAAAAAGUGCCAUCCCUCUCUCCCGAUGCCUCUCUGGGUCUGUUUUUGCGGAGCCCCUUCACUGCCACUCUGCUGAGAAACCUUUAUCCUCACUCAGCUCCUCGUCUAUCCCUUCUUUUCUCUCAGAGUGCCCCAACUGCAAACAGGAACGAAAGAUCAGAGAGGAAUACGACAAAUUUAUCAUUCAGGUGAAGAGAGACCGUGACAGCCUGAGCCAGAGAGUGACAGAGCUGGAAAAAGAGCUGAAGAUCAUAACAGGAGAGCAGCGAGAACACGAAAGGGCGGAGAAAGACGAGCGAAGAGCAGAAAGAGACUUCGGAAGACAGGAGACAGCAACUAUAAGUAACGAAACAGAGAAUGUAAAAGAGACUGAAGAUGAAAUGAGACCAAUCAGUAAACAGGGAGAUGAAAGAGACGUUGGAAAAGACAAAAUUGAAAAAGAGGUGAUUGAUAAAAUUCAGCACAGCGAGACGGAACAGAAGUUCGGAGAAAGAGAAGAAGAAAGACAGAGAAGAGAGGAAAGAGAAGGAGAAAAAGAGAAUGACUUGACUAGAAAGGAAUCUCUUAGCACCUCACAUGGAGUAACAAAGGUGCCAAAAAAUGCUGAGGAGAAACUACUAUCUGAGCUGCACAGCUUCAAAAAGGAGUAUGAAGGACUGAGGAAGAGUGCAGCUCUGUCUAUCACACAGCUUCAAAAAGAAAAGGCCGAGCUGGUCUCUCACACAGAUGAUGCCAAAAGCUGCUAUGAAAGAGUUUGUUUAGAGAAUGCAGAGCUAAAAGCAAAACUUGAAGCCCUCCUGAAAGACGCUAACUCCAGACCAAGCUCGGGUUGCAACGGUGACACAGACACACGCAGCUCAAGCGCACACACAAGCGUGCACAACUCACACACGGACACACGCUCUUCACACACACACACCGUUACCACUAACACGGAAAUGCUUGUUGUGUCACAAAGUGUUUGCCAACAGUGCACCAGUGAUCUUCCUCAAGAUAAAGGGAAUAAGUGUCGCUUUACCUCAUGCUCUGGCUUCCAAGAAUCAUUCGAACCACCUGAGCCGACUUCACACACCUGCCGCUGUGAAUCAGCACUACAUAAACCCAACCGCUACAAACAACUAAGGAGGGAGCACAGCCUGUUGCUGGACGUAAUGCUCGUGCUGUACAGAAGAGAGUGGUUCCUGCAGGACGCCAUGCCGUACGUCAGACGCACUCUCAAAAAAUGCGGCCUGAGUCUGGAUGACUCAGACUGAAGGGUCUGUUUUCUGUGCUCGUGGGAGAACGAGAUCAAAUCUGAUUAGUUAAAAAAAAAGAUUAUUUGUGUUGAGAUUCCAUUUUGAUCUCAGUGCUGCUUUUAAUACAGUAGUUCAUAACAUGAUGAUUUCUGCUCUCAGCUGGUGGUGAUACAGAUUUGUGCCCCACACACACACACACACACACACACACACAUACACAUCUAGCACUGCAACUAUGAAACUGGGUGAUCUUCUGGGAUCGCCCUUUGGCGUUGUGCUUUAUUAUUUAAAUGCUAAUUUUGGAUCUUCUUUUUUUGUAAUACUGCUCAAAGAGAAAGCUGCAGAGACUUUCCCAUGCCUUUAUAUCCGUUUCUCUGGAUUACUGUAAUUCUUUUUUGUGGGAAUUUCAGCAAAAAGACUCACAUGUCAUUAUUUAUUCAGGCUUCUUCCUCCCUUACCUACAGUACAGUUACAGGGUUGGACAAAAAUCACUAGCCCAGACAACCAGAACAAACAGAUUAUGUGCAGUUCGUUUUUGAUAUAGCGAUUACCCAUGUUUUUUUUUUUCUUUGCUCAAAUAACAAGCUGAAAAAGCAAAAAAAAAAACAUUUUCUUACAGUUAUCCUCAAUCCCACUGAACACUUUUUUUUGGAUGAACUGCAAUGCCACCUGCUUCCAAAGACCUCCUCGUACCUGACCUCAUUAAUGUUCUUGUGGCUGAAUGAACACAAAUCCCCACAGCCACUCUCCAAAAUUGAGAGGAAAGCAUUCCCAGGAGAGUGGAUCUCAUUAUAACAGCAAAGAACGAUUGGGUUGGGUGUUUAACAAGCUCUUAUAUGACUGGUCUGGUGUCUAUAUACUUUUAGCAAUAUAGUGUAACUCUUUUCAUGGUACAUUGAUGGUAAUUAGAAUGAGAAAAAAUAUAGUUUUAAAUAAACUCAGAUUUAAAUAACAUCGUUAAGGGAUGAGUGGGUUUUGAUAUUAUUGAACAUAUAUUCUGAACUUACUGAUGUAAAACAGGAUGUAACCCCCUUCCCUACACACACACACACACAGACACACACACACACACACACACACACACACAGAGCUAUAAUCUUAUAUUGAAAAUAUUUUUUUUAUUAUUCAAUCAAAAAUUUGAUGGAAAAAGAACGUUUAUUUCGCUUAGCUACUCUAGCAUAAUGACACAGAUUUAGAUAUUUAUUUGUUUUUUUGUUUGUUUCUGAAUGUCAUUUAUUUUCAUUUUUUAUGAUUUCAUUUUCAUAUAAUUUCAUUUCAUUUGUUGUUUUAGUUUUUAUUUUCUUUUCAGAACACUUGAGUAACAAGUUGUAAUUAUUUCUGUGAUUAAAUAGGACCCAAACAGAGAAGAGUCUGAAAUGAUUUCUUUUAUGUAUAAUGUAACUCUUGAUAUCCAUGCUUGCAAAUUAUGACUGUAGACAUUGUUCACUAACAAAACCACAAUCCAAUUUUUUCCACCUUUAAUUUUUAAAAAUAUAUAUAUUUUACUGUUCAUGUCUGGUUGUUGGGGGCACGGUGGCUUAGUGGUUAGCACGUUCGCCUCACACCUCCAGGGUUGGGGGUUCGAUUCCUGCCUCCGCCUUGUGUGUGUGUGGAGUUUGCAUGUUCUCCCCGUGCCCCGGGGGUUUCCUCCGGGUACUCCGGUUUCCUCCCCGGUCCAAAGACAUGCAUGGUAGGUUGAUUGGCAUCUCUGGAAAAUUGUCCGUAGUGUGUGAUUGCGUGAGUGAAUGAGAGAGUGUUUGUGUGCCCUGUGAUGGGUUGGCACGUCCAGGGUGUCCUGCAUGACGCCUGUGAUAGGCACAGGCUCCCCGUGACCCGAGGUAGUUCGGUUAAGCGGUAGAAAAUGAAUGAAUGAAUGUCUGGUUGUUUGUUUUUACUGCUUUUC